CUCCUCCUCCUCCUCCUCCUCCUCCUCCUCCUCCUCCUCCUCCUCUUUCUCUCCUCUUGAGGGUGAAAACACCAUCGCUCAUUCCGGGCCGUGACAUUUUCCAGCUUGUCGCCGUAUGCUGCUGCGCGGACAGCGAGCGCAGAGAGCCAAAAAGCAGGAGAGAGCAGGGGGGGAGGACGCCGCUAAGAGAAGCACCGAGCAUCAUCCCUCAGCCAUCCGGAGCGGGAGGCGCACCAAGCGGAGGCGAGGCGCUGCAGGAAGCCGCUGCUCCCCUUUCACCUCCCCGGAAUCCCACACCGGACACGGCCCGAACCGGACUGGAUAUUUACGUCUCGGAGCCCGGAGACAGAGAGGAAGGGAGGGGGGAAGGAUCGCUGGAGCACAGCCGAGCAGCGCAUCAUCCUCUCCGGUGUAGGUCUGGCUGUCGAGUCGCAUGGAGAAAAGGUAUGAAGAACUGGUGCACUACUCAGGGUCGGAGGGCAUGCCGGUGGGGGGCUACGGGGACGACGUCAGGGCGCUUCCUCCGCCGCAGUACGGCCCCGCCAUCCCUGACUCCCUUAAACACCACAAGGACCAGAUCUAUGGUCACCCACUCUUUCCACUGCUGGCCUUAGUGUUUGAGAAGUGUGAGCUGGCCACCUGCUCCCCUCGGGACUCCUCCUCCUCCCUCUCAGCCACCUCCCACCUCCCCGGCAUGGCCAACCACAGCGACGUCUGCUCCUCUGAGUCUUUCAACGACGACAUCGCCGCCUUCGCCAAGCAGAUUCGCUCUGAGAAGCCCAUUUUUUCUUCCAAUCCUGAGCUGGACAACUUGAUGAUCCAGGCCAUACAGGUUCUUCGCUUUCAUUUGCUGGAGCUAGAGAAGGUGCACGACCUCUGUGAUAACUUCUGCCAUCGCUACAUCACCUGCCUGAAGGGAAAGAUGCCCACUGACCUGGUGCUGGAUGAGCGGGAGGGCGGCUCCAAGUCGGACAUGGAGGACUUUGGCGGCUCCUGCACCAGUCUGUCCGAACAGAAUGCAUCGUGGUUACGGGAGCCAGAUGAAUGUGCCACUACGCCUCUAGGAACACCAGGCACCUGUGGGCUGCCCUCACACAGCACAGGGGACAACUGCAGCGACGCAGGAGACGGUCUCGAUGGGGGAGUGGCUUCCCCCAGCACGGGGGAGGAGGACGAGAGCGACCGGGACAGGAGGAACAACAAGAAGAGGGGCAUCUUCCCCAAAGUGGCCACAAACAUCAUGAGAGCGUGGCUCUUCCAGCACCUGUCGCACCCGUACCCGUCGGAGGAGCAGAAGAAGCAGCUGUCGCAGGAUACGGGGCUGACCAUCUUACAGGUCAACAACUGGUUCAUCAACGCCCGGAGGAGAAUAGUUCAGCCGAUGAUUGACCAGUCAAACCGCUCAGGUCAGGGUGGUCCCUACAGUCCAGAGGGAGCUGCACUGGGAGGCUACGGCCUCGACGGACAGGCCCACCUGGGGCUUCGAACGGCAGGUCUACCAGGAAUGUCCUCUCUUCAGGGCGAGUACCCUGCCGCUCUGCUGUCCCAGUCGGGCUACCCCCCCCACCCAGGAACGUCCCUCCACUCGUACCCUGGCCCACACCCCCACCCCGCCAUGCUGCUCCACCCGCCGCCGCAUGCACACCCCGCGGAGCCGCUCAUCGCCCAAGGACUGGACAUACACGCACACUAGCUGUCUGGGGGAGCAGAGAGUGGGUGUGUGUGUGUGUGUGUGUGGGUGUAAAAGAGUUACUGUAUGAAUGUGAGUGUGUGGAGUGUGUGUGUGUAAUGGCUGAUCCAGUACCCUAUUUAAAGACAAACUGCUCCAAAAGUUUACAUUCCUCACUGAGAGACACUGACCUUAAUGUAGCUGAUCGACUGACAAAAACACACACACACACACACCCCCGCAAGUAAACAUUUCACCGACACACUCCUGAGUCUGGACCCACAGGUUUAAGCCAUACCUCUCUGAGUAGAAGUGCUUCCUCCUCUUCAAAUGUCUCCACUGUGUCCUGUGGGUGAGACACAUGCUUUAAACUACACUUCCCAUCAUGCCUCCUGAACCACAGGACGACCGGCUCAGAAACACAACCACCUGGAUGUUACUGGAGGGAACUCGAUCCUGCGAGCCAAACCUUCCUCACAGCCGCCCCGUCUUCCUGCACACCCCGACCGUCAGAAACACACACACAUACACACACACUUUAUUUAAAGCUUUCUUUUUAGUUUUUUUUAUAUUUUUAUAUUUAUGUGUGCCACUCCAGGCAGAUGCAGCUUCAUGUGAGCUUGUUGAAAUGUUAGUGCUCUUCCUCAGCAUGAAGCUAAACACUCUGAAUGACUUCCAGUCUGCCUCGCUCUCGCACCACUGACCUCCUUAAGGCGCCAGCAGCCGUCCGUUAGAAGCUUUCCUCCAACUCACUGAUAGACGAAGCAACAGACACGACACAGAAAGCCAUUCUAACACACACACACACACACCCGCCUACAUACACACACACAGAUACAGAAGGACUUCUGCAAGCAUUUCCAGUCCACCGUCAACUGUCACAGCUGUGUGAGAGGGAAGCUGCAGCCAAAGGACUCUUCAGACAUUCGGCUCCUUCUCUGCUUUUGCUUGGACCGCUGAAGAAUUUCUGAGUGAUGAUGGUGAAAAAGAAAACUUAAAGUAUUAAAAUGUUUUUUGUAAGCCUU